AUGGGGACUGGCAUCGUUUCCAUCCUCCUCCACAAUCUGCCAUAUAAUGGCCAAUGGCUCCAGUUCAUAAGUUACAUCUUCUUCGGCCUCAACAUCCUUCUCUUCGUAGCAUUCUCAUGCAUCUCCCUGGUGCGGUAUAUCGCCUAUCCCGGCAUAUGGCGGGCCAUGAUUUCGCAUCCAGGACAGUCGUUAUUCCUGGGUUGUUUCCCAAUGGGUUUUGCCACCAUCAUCAACAUGAUGAUAUUCAGCUGCGCACAAUGGGGCGACUGGCUCGUCUACCUCGCCUGGGCAUUCUGGUGGAUAGACGUGCUCCUCUCCAUGGCCACCGCCAUCACCAUGCCCUUCAUCGUCAUGCACCGCCAUAAACCGGGCCUGAACAACACCACCGCCGCUCUGCUGCUCCCCAUUGUGCCGACAGUCGUUGCCGCCGCCACCGGGGGCAUCGUUGCCGAGGCGCUGCCCAACCACCAUCACGCAUUCACCACUUUGAUUGCCUCCUACAUCCUCUGGGGCAUCGGCGAGUGUCUCUCCGCCUGCGUCCUUGCCCUCUACUUCCACCGGCUGACCAUUCACUCCCUCCCGCCCAAGGAGGUCAUCGUGUCCGUCUUCCUGCCCGUCGGGCCCCUCGGCCAAGGCGGCUUUGGCAUCCAGCAGCUCGGCAAGGUGGCCGUGAAGCUGCUCCCGGUAACACCAGCCUUCAAAACAGUCGGCGUGGACGUCGCCCGCGGUGCUGAAAUCCUAUACGUCCUAGGCGUAUUUUUAGGCAUGGUCUUGUGGGGGUUCGCUCUUGUCUGGGUGUGCUUUGCGCUCAUCAGCCUGGCGACAAUUCGCGAUUUCCCCUUCAAUAUGGGCUGGUGGGGGUUUACCUUCCCGCUGGGCGUGUGGGCGACAUGCACGAGCAUGCUGGCGAUUAACUUGGACAGUGAAUUCUUCAAAGUUGCCACAACGAUUAUUUCGCUGUCCGUACUUCUUCUCUGGAUGAUGGUUGCCAGCAGGACGCUUCGUCUAGCCGUCAGAGGCGACUUGUUUUUUGCCCCUUGUCUCAAGGAACUCAAGGAGAAGGAAGAAAGGGAAGGAGACGCUGGUGAAAAAGUAUGA